AUGUUCCUCGAGAGAGUUAGUCUAAUCUCAUCUAUCUUGGCCGUUGCUUUCGCGGCUCCGCCACAAGUUUCAAAGAGGAUAUCCGGGUCGAUACCGACGUGGCAUCUACCGUGUGGAGAACUCGAUAUGCAAGCCGUUCCUUCAAAAAAUCUCGAGGAGGAAAUGAAGACCAGUCUGGAGAAUCUUAGGCUGCAACAUCAGCUGACGAUGAACGACUACUUGAAUCGAGAUUACGAAUACCUCUAUGAGAGAGUUAGGAUCGGCGUCGACGACUACCAGUACAUACCUAAUUGGGUACCCGGCAAGAAGGAUGUGAAUCUUAUAAGAAAACUAACUGACGCUAGUACUCCAAUGAUUGUUAAUCAUUUCCCAAAAUUGCACAUGGACCUGCAGAAAUUUGCCGUGGCGUUCGAGGAAUUGAUCCAGGAUGAGCCUAACUCCCAAAUUCGGCAAGCUCUCAAGGCGACUCAAUCGUACUUAACAAUGAUGUUAUGCGAAGUCGAAAGCAACAUUAUCUCCUUGCCCACCAUACGACUGCCGACACGUGUAGAACGAAGCAUCAUGAGCCAUACCGAGCGAAACCCCAUCGAUGAAACACGAAGACUCAUCAGGGACUGGGGCGUAGUUCUCAAAUAUCGAGACUACUUACACGCUUGGAGGCACGUAUUUAAUUAUUAG